AUGGAGUGUAAGAAAUGUGGUGCAGACAUGAGGAAAGGGAGGGUGGUAGUUGACACGCAGAGCUCCAGAGGGACUAGCACUAGUGGUCGGCCUGUGCCUAUCUGCAAGUUGGCACAGUUGUCAACAAGUAGCUUUAAGUGGAAGGUUCCCACUGGUGAUGAUGCAAAGGACACUGCCAAGGGCCAGAAGCCAAGGGUGAAGCAGGUUAAGACAGCCAUUGCGAAAAAGCCAAAGGUGAUACACAACAAAAACCUCAGGCAGCACCACAGGGAGACCAAAUCAUUUCUGCUGUACACCGGCAGGAUGAACUCAUGGCGCCUGCACAUCGCAAAUCCGGACACCUGUGAGAAGGCCGAGAAGGAGAAGCAACUGAGUGAGCAGGAGAAGAAGGGAAAGCAGAAGGGUGGAAUUAGAAAUUGA